CCGAGGGGCAGGGCAGGACCUCGUCCCGCCCCGGCGCGGGCGGAAGGGGCGGUGGGGCCCGGGUAGGAGAUGUCGGAGCAGCUGCGGGAGGCGCUGGAGCAGCGGCUGCGGGAAUUGGGCAUCGCCGCCGUCACCGCCGAGCACCCGCAGGUGUUCACUGUUGAAGAAAUGAUGCCUCAUGUCCAACACAUGAAAGGAGCUCACAGUAAAAACCUUUUUCUUAAAGACAAAAAGAAGAAAGGGUUCUGGCUGGUGACUGUUCUGCACGACAGGCAAAUCAAUUUAAAUGAUCUUGCUAAAAAACUGGGUGUUGGAAGUGGAAACCUAAGAUUUGCUGAUGAAAACUCCAUGCUGGAGAAGCUAAGAGUGGGCCAAGGCUGUGCGACACCCCUGGCCCUCUUCUGUGACCAGGGAGAUGUGAGGUUUGUGCUGGAUGCUGGCUUUCUGGAAGGCGGCCAUGAAAAGGUUUAUUUCCAUCCAAUGACAAAUUCUGCAACCAUGGGCUUAAGCCCUGAUGACUUUUUGAAGUUUGUGAGAUCGACAGGCCAUGAUCCCAUCGUUGUACAUUUUGAUGAAGACACGAAGUAGAUGAAGUUUACUUUUCUAUUACUAGGCAUAGAUUUUGUAGAGCAAAACCGGUCAGUCUCAUUACAAAUAAAAUUUGAAAAAAAAAAAAAGGCUUACUCCUUUAUUUUUUCAAUUGUGUAAGUUUAUAUUGCAUUAUCUAGUGAGAAAAAAAACUGUUUGGGGUUAUUAAAAGUUUAACAUAAUACUCUUAAAAAAGACAAGUCAUGUUUGCAGUCUACCACUAAGUGACCAACAAGUAGGAAAAGGUGCUAUUUGAAUGUUACACUGUUUAUUAAAAAAUGGGAUAAAACUGGGACCUUCUGUGCGUGGUACUGGCCUUGAACGUUUAAACUUAAAUCAUCAUUAAGAAAUAACAAUUAAACUAGAAGUUAUAAAAUAUUUGUCGGUAUACACAGGACAGAGAUGUCUAAAUUGUGCACCUGUACCCAUGUAUCCCCUCCUACAUGUUGCUUUAUUAUUUUUACCUAGAAAAAAACCAAUGUAGCUACCCUACAGAAGGCGCAUUUGAUUGUCUAUGUUUUUAGUUGCAUUUUCACUUUCACAGUAUCCUCCCCUUAGGAAAUAAUUAUUUAUUAUUCUGGUAAUUGCCCCCUGAAGAUAGGCGUGUGCCACAGGCUGUGCACAAACAGCAGACACCAGGGAGCCAUCUGACAGCAGGUGGGGUGGGGUAUGAACCUUGGUUACCAGCCUCUCCUGGCAGAAGAGCUCCCAGGACCAGGUGUAGUACAUCCUGGUGACACCUGGUUGGGAAGCUAACACAACCCGAACUGUAUGAACUGCUGUGCACCAUUUCUACAGAUUCCUGAACCCACGGAGGAUGUGGAUCUUCUCUGCUCCACCAUACUUAUAACCAGCUCCUACAAAAAUGGAAAGAGUGGUACAAGCAGCUGUACUUGAGCUGUUUCCUUCAGGAGAAGGGGACUGCAUGUAGAAACAUCUAGGUGCUUAAGAGGCUAAGGGGAGGCCAAAUUUGGCUUUCAAUAGAUAUUUAGUAUAGAAAAGUAACUGCUAUCACAAGAACAAGACCAGUACAUUCUCAAUGUUAAAAUUUCUAAUCUAAUUCCUUCUCCUCUCUCUUGCAUAAAUCAAUAAAACCCCUUUCAGAUUUUCCGUUGAAGAGAGAAGCAGCAGGAACUCCAUGAAGUCCAGUAAACAUACUGUGGCAGCGAGUAACCACACAAACCGCAAAGAUGGGAGUAGCAAAAGCGAGGGGUAAAGAUCUGAAGAUGACAGGGAAAAGGGCUUUUGAACAAGGCCUAAUGAAAAUGUCUGUUAUGUAUGAACUACACCUAAUGGGAAGCAAUAGUAUGAGUGCAAGUUGGGACAAAACAGAAAUAAAGAAUAAAGAAGAGUGAAGAAAAAAAACACAUGAAAGGACUUGCACUCUUGGAUGACUUCGCUACUGCAUUACACAAAAGGAUGCAACACUAACAGUGAUAAUGGGGAACACUCAAACACAAGGCAAAAAUCAGCCAAUUUGACUCAGUUUCAUUCUGGAUGGCCAAAACAGUUCUAUCAGCUGAGAACUUCAUAAACAUUGAUGUGCUAGGUUUUCUUCCCCUGUAAGGAAGUAAAAUCCUCUAAUUCCACAGAAUGAACAUCUGCCCUUAACUGAGUAAGAAGAAACAUCACCUAGGGUGAGGCAAGUUUCUCUGCAAAUGUCCUUACCAUGGCUGCCUACAUUGCUGAAAGAUGUGGCACCUGUCCUCAAAGAUGUGACCCUAACAACAGAGUGCAUCAGGAUACAGCAGUUCAAAUUCUCCUGGCUACCUUAGAGAGACACAAACCAAUUCCAUCAGUCAUGGCAGUCCUCAAAAAUGGGAAAGGAGUGACCUAAAAUUGUGGAAGCUAUAGGAGGAGUCACUAGAAAGAUGUCCAGAUACUACUGAUUUUAUAUUGGUUGUUAAACAGAAGUCUGAAAGGAACACCUGAUAUUUGGGAAUAUUGGGUUGAUUAAUGAAACACACAGAAAACUCGGGAUUGACCAAUGCGUUACUAAAAAAGUCAGAUCUUAUGAUACACUCUUAUGUGUCUUUAAAAGUAAAAUUUCUCUUACCCUCUGCCUGCCGCUCACUCUCCCUUCCCAUUAAAGGCUCCUUCUUUGUGGUAUCCCAAAUCCUUUAUCACUUAAGAAAAAAGUAGAGUAAAUUUGACUUGUCGAGUUUUUUAAAUACAAAAGCCUUAAAUAGGAAAAACUGUUUGAAAGACAUGUGCACAAUAGCAGUUUACUGUGCUUCUUAAAGUCUGUACUACCUAAAAUGUGACUCCCUUUGUCCUCAGAAGAGAUCCUGAGACUUGUCUCAGCAAACAUAAUGACCAAGCAAAAUCAAAGCUCCGAUACUACAUCUGGCAAAUCUAUAAAGAUUCUUUUUGUAUUUACUUAUGAAAUUAGCAUCUGGGUUUGUUUGUUUUUUUAAAUAAUAUCAAAAUAGGGUAUAGUUAAAAGCUACGCAGGUCUACACAAAUAAACAACACAAAACAAACUGCACAUUGUCCAGAAAAAAUCCGCUACAGUUUUAUCGGUUUCCUUCUGGAAGAAAUACGGAACACAUCACCAACUGACCACAACACCAUUACUUAACACCAAUAUCCUUCCAGUAACAUCAGUUUCCAGAAAAAGUGUGUAUAAAUGUACACACAAAAUAAGAAUAAAAAUCAUUUGGUUUGGCAUUUUAAUAACAUCAUUAAUAAAUGUAUACAAUGGCAAACAUUAAAAAAAAAUCAAUAUGUAAAGGAAAUUACAGUUUUAAAUAAGAGCUUUUAAAGUUUUGUUUCACACCUAGGUACAUUCCUUUAAGGCAGUUUUAUUAAUAUCAAAGUAUUAUUUACAUACACAUUAUCUUCUACCUCUGAAACGAUCCAUGAGCUCCUUUGUCGAGCAUCAUGUCUUGGAAAAGGUUUAGAAAUAUUAGUGUUGGGAACGUUACUAAAUCCUCAGGACUGUAUCCAAAAGGGAAAUUAAAAAUGAUCCAUGGUGUAGAACCAUCACCUUGAUGGUCUCUUGAACUAGCAGUGACCGAUUUGGCAACUCUUGUAAAAAGCUGUGUGUACUUUCCCUGUAGGCUGCUCAACAGCUGCUGUGUUCUUCCCCUGGGAGUUCCCAUUUCAGAAACUGGGAAGCAGCUCCCAAACGAAACUCUCAUUUCUAUUUUAUUUUAAUUAUAAGGGCACGGACUGGUAAGUUCAACAAAGAAAAAGAAUAUAGUAUAAAAAUCACCAGAGCACAGAGAACCUCCUGACUGCCCUCCUCCUCCAAAACAUCUUUGUAAAGCAAAGUGCUGGGAGAAGCAGAUUCUGAUUUCUUAAACACAAAUGUAUCCCUGGUGCUGCUUUUGGUCAAUUUAGCAAAUACUACCUCAAAUCCCCUUCUGGCUUCUGUACCGAUGCAGACAAAGUGCAUUGAAACCUGCUUACCAGGGAACAUAGGGGCAAACUAGCCAGGGCUCUGGUAUAGAAACCUGAUCUACGUUAGACUCGGACGUAGCAGCGUGAAUUCUGCCCCCAGACUCAUGCCAAUCCUCUCAUACAAGGAAACUCUAUGUAGGUGUUUGGAUGAGGGGAGUCAUUUCUCAUACAUGUUAUCAGUUAAACACAGUAACUGUAUGUUUUGUGACUACAUCCUGGCUGUGACUGCACAGAUGCUUUAAGAAGGUGUAAUAAUACACAAAAAACCCCAAGAGUAGAAGCUGUGACAGGUAAUCUUUGACGACUUAAUACCUACAGAAAAGAGCUGAGCUAAUAAAUGAAAUGUCGGGAGAUGCCCGUGUGACGGAAACGACACAGCCACCAGUGGCGAGGGCUGGCUACGUGUGCCCAGCAACGCUCCUCGCAGAGAAGUGCGUGCUGUGCAGUCACGGCACAGCUCAGAUUCUGGGAAUACAAACAGCAUUUGGCACUACAGUUUAAAUCUGUUAAUUCAAGACACACAUGUUCCUCUAAAAAUAGCGACACCACCAAAUGGUUAGGGUUUAAUAGCUUGAAAAUACAUAAGUCCUCUGUUAUCAGAGAGCUUAGGAGAAUCCAGUCACAAUCAGACCCCGAAAUGAGCUUGAAAAUAUCAUAAUUUAGAAACAGAGCUAUUUUUCCUGAUAUUUAUGGCACUUCAGUUCUCUUUCCUAAGAGUUAUGUUGUUAAUAAGUUCUACCAGCAUUCCAGAUUUCAUAUCGUUGUCUAUGAAACUCUGUGAAGGCAAUUUUUCCUUCAGUGUCUACGGCUUUGCCUGUAUUACAGUCCAGAAAUGGCACAAAAACCAGGCUUGCACCAGAUUCUUAUUGCUUAAGAGUAUUUUUCUCCUACAGCUCUACACCAGGGCUCUGUCUGUCUCACUCAGAACUGGGGGAGGAAGCCAGCUCUGCCCUGAGCAUUGAGUGCACACCGCAACACAACAACUACCUGUACACAGGUAUACAGGCCCUGGCACCUCCUCCAGUCACUGCCAUCUAUCCCACCCACCGCUCUGGUGACAGCUCUUAGCUGUCACUGCACAGCUUGGAGUGCCCUGAAUCCUCCACAAAAACAUCACAGCAUCAGUUAAAAUGUGGGAAAUAAUUCCAACUGCAGCUGAGCUCACACUGCUAACAAAAUUAUUGCAGAGAUGGAUUUCAGGAGCGCUCUGGGCUUCAGAUCACUCCUGGAACUGCUGCCCACUGUUGAUACUGAGCAAAAAUCACCAUGCUUCCACUGAUAUCAGUGGAAAUCGUGACAUUGAGAAAAAGGGACCAGAAACGGAUACCAGUAUGAGCUGGUUAUCAAAAUAAACCAACAAUUUUAAAGUCUUCAGAGGAAGAAGGGAAAUUCCGUAUGGCAGAAAGCUGCAAGAUUGGUCCUGUAUUCUCUUAAAAAAAAAAAAAUGUUUAAAUUGUCUGUGAAAACAAAUAUUCUGUUUAGAUCUUGAUCAUUUAGCACAUUUUAUCAUAAAAAGGAUUUCAGGAGGAAAUCACUUUAAGGGGGAAAAAAAAAACCCAAGAAGAAUUCCCCGUCUAAAGCUUAUCGAACUUUUCUCUUUUUUCUCCCUUUUUGACAGAAUUUCAGGAAAAUAAAGUGACUUGCCAGUAUUGCUUUUGAAGCUGCUGAACUGCAUUCUCUCUCCGGUGAAAACUGAGUCUGUUCCAAGCAUCCCUGACAGCCUGAGACUUUAUAAAUGAUAAAACCUGGAAGCCUCAAGAAAGAAGCUGUUAUUAAGCUGAGGUUCUGAUGGCUCCACCACACAGUGUGAGCAGCAGUGGGAUCAGUUUGCAGGCAGUCUGCAACCCUCUUCUGCAAUGUCCUGUUUUCCUUUCCUGAGGUGAAUGGAGAUAGCUGUAAGGUGAAAGGUACCUUGGAAGACGGGCAGUUAAACAGUAACUUAACCCCUUACAACAGGAAUAGGAAUGUGCUUUCUGGUUUGUAAUAAAACAGCAUUACGAUAACUCAUUUUGGAUCAGCUUACAAGUUCACGUAAGCUUCCUAGGAGCUCUCUGUGAAUGCUUUCAAGACAACAAAUGUAUGCAAGCACUAAUGUACCAACAACAUUUGUUGACUUUAAUAUAAAUCAGUAAUGAACAAAACGUAUCUUACUAAUAAAAGAUAAAAGGGGAACUGAUUGUAAAAUGCAUAUGAUAUUAUUUACAUUUCUUUUUUGCCAUCAAGAAACCUCCUAAGCUCAUGUCAAAAGACAAACAAUUUAAAAAAAAAAAAAUCAGUCAAUACAGAAAUACCGUAAGACAGUCUGAUCCUGGAAAUGCCAUUUGCUGAAAACAGCCUUAUAUUAAAAUAAAAGUGACAGAAAAACCAUACCUGACAAUUUCCUGUCAGAAACAUCUGGACACACAUAUGCAGAAUAACUUGGGAAUGUGAAAAAUACAAAUGACAAACCAGUUCUAUAUAAUACCAUUAUCCCAUGACUCCCCCUUUUGUUAGUUACCCAACUUUUCCAUGUAUGUAAACAAAUUUUUCUCUUGCAGUAUGCAACAAAAAUCAGCAUAAAUUUUAAGAGCAAUUUCAUGCAGAUUAUGCAAACCAAAUAAGGCAGUGAAGUGCCAAUAAGCUGUGAGGUUUUUGUAUCUGUAUUUACAGUCAAUUUCAACAAAAUACUACAGCAUUUAUUUUAGAUUUACAGAAGUAAAUAUAAACUGCUAGUUAUGGGUUUUUUUGGCUAAUUAUUAGCAGAAGCGUAAGCAAAUCAGUGGCUAAUUUCAUAAACAGAAGAUGAAAGAAGUUUGUUGUUUUGUUUGUGGGUUUUUUUUUUUCCUGGAGUAAUUCUUGACACCUUAAAACGCUUGGUCCUUAGGGAGACGAGAACUGUCCUUUAUUCAGUAGAUCUUAACAGUGCAAUGUGCAAUAAUUCCUAAGACCAUCUACAAAUUUUCGGCAGUAGACUCCAGUAGAGCUCCUUGAUUCAAGGAAGGAAGGUAGGUAGGUAGGUUAUUUCUUGCCUGCUCUAUUCACGAAGAGUGUAAAAAAUUCCCUUAAUUUUUAUUAAUGAUUCCUACAGUCGCUGUCUUGUUACUUCAGAUAGAAAGGCUUCACACUGAGAUACUGAA